UUAGGCUGGAAUGAAUCACCUAACUUGGGUUACCAGUGAAUGAGUCUGUGUGAAAACACAGCACUGCUAUUGUGAAAUACAAUGGUAAACUCAAUGCUUGUCAAUGCUACAGGAAAGUACGUCUCUACACAGCCAACAACAACUGGGACCAGCAACCAAAGUAACAAUAACCUAUACAUAACCACUGCUGCCAUACCCUUCAUCAUUCUGGUUGUGAUAGUGAUCUGUGUAGUACAUUACAAAAGGAAAAGAAAAUGUCAGUCCAUUACCACAAAUACAAAAGAAGAGGAUUAUACGGAAAAUGAAGAUAACAUCAUUAGCAGAAGCUGUGUUCAAUUAGAGCAGCUGACUCUGGCACCACCCCAGCUUCCAGAAAAGCGCUUUUCCCAAAGAAGAAGUAAGCACAGCUUCCAGAUGUCCACAUUUACAGUACUGGACAUAUCACUCCAGGAACUUCUGAAAAAUGGAAAACGAGGAUGCUUCUACAAAGCCAAGCUUCGCCGAGGCAAUUGCAAAGGACAUAAGUUAGUAACGUGCAAAAUUAUCAAAAAUGGUGUUUCCUGGAAGAAAAUGCAAGGAGAGAUAUUCAUAAUGAAAAAGCUAGGAUACCACAAUAAUGUACUGCAGCUACUGGACUGGAAUAUAGUACAAGAACCACAUAUGCUGAUUAUGGAGUAUGCUGGCCUUGGAACAUUGAAGACAUUCCUACGGACAAAUAGGGCACAACUCUCUACCAAUAAAAACCUUCAGAGAUUGCUGGCCCUGGCAGCCUACUACAUUGGGUUAGGAAUGGAAUACAUUGCAAGCAAAAUGAUUAUACAUCAGGACCUGGCUUUGCGGAACAUCAUGGUGAUUAGAUUUCCUCAGGAGUGCAAGAUUACAGAAUUUGGGCUGGCUAGAGUGGUGUCCAAUCCUAUGUUUCGUAACAGCAAGAAAAGUACAAAGUCUGGUGUCCCACUACGCUGGUAUCCUCCAGAAUAUUUCAAAAGCAACACAUACAGUUUCCCAAGUGAUGUCUGGUCCUAUGGGAUUCUUUUGUGGGAGCUGCAAACACUCGGAUGCGCACCAUACCCUGAGAUGGAAAAUGUUGAAGCAGUGGUUUUUGGGAUCUGCUCAGGAUACAGAAUGAGGAAGCCAUCAGAAUGCAGAGAAGAAAUUUACAGAGUGAUGAAAUGGUGCUGGGCAGACAUACCAGAACAGAGGCCAUCCUUUUCUGAUAUCGUCAGACAUCUGGACACAAUUGUAGAAGAUGAUAAUGACUACGUCCGAGUAUUUAUAAAUGAAGAAAGAUAUCAAAUGAGCCAUCAGACUCCCACUACAAAUCAAGCAUCUGUCUUGACUGCCUCCUCAGCUGAAGGAUGAGACAUUGCUGCCAUGAACAGUGUGAUUUUUUUCUGUGCACAACUUUAUUUGUACAAAAUGUAACAAAUGCUGCUGGACUGCUGCUGCACAUUGGGCAAUUACAGACAUUACCAAAGUGGUGCUUGGCAUGUAUGGUGAAAAAGAGUAGGGUGGUAGGACAUGAGUCCUUUCAACAUACUCUGUGGCUACUCUGUGAUGUUGCAUAGUCAUUGCUGUGAACUGCAGGUCAUCAUCUCAUGCAUAUAUUGCUGUCUGAUUGUGCAUAUCAAUAGAACAUUCAACUACAUAGCCGCAGGACUGGGGUUAGACCAGUACAUUUUGCUUAUUAACGUCAAAGCCUAGCAAGCUAAUUCUAGUUCUGUGAUUUCAUAGUGUUUAAA